CUUUACUCUCUUGUCUUACCUUCGUUACACACUUACUCUCUUUUCUUACCACGUUACUCUCUUUUUAAAAGCUAGGGUUUGUCCCCUUUUCUGGCGCCAUUGCUUGACUUGUGGUGUGAGAAGAAAGGGAUGGCGGCGGAGAAGAAUCAACGACACCUUUUGGUGCUAAUGCAUAAAAGGAUCUGCGGCAUCGACCCCAUGAAACUGAUAACACCCGAGAAGGAGGAGGAGGAGGCUGUGGAUUGGGAAAAUCUACCUCCGUUUCUCUUUGAUUUCAGCGUGGUUCUUCCGCUGGCCCGCAUGCACGCUUUGGAGUUGGAUCCCAAGAUGUAUCUUGUUGGAGAUUUGGUUGAUCCUGGGAAAUACCUAGCACUUUCGUGCGAGCGCAUUGGAGAAAAACACUUGGUGUGCGCUUUCCAGGUGGAUGAAUUGGGUGUCGUUAUCUUCCAAAGGCUUGAAGGCUGCUUAGAUAGAAUGCCAUCCUUCUUUCAUGAGAAAACGCCUGUGAUGGUUGAUCUUGAUGGCAAAGGCACUUUUGUUGUUAUAUUACCUGGCUUUGCAAAGGAACAGGAACAGGACCCAGUCCUCUGCCUGUUGGUUCUUCAACUCAUUGCAAAGAAGGUUGUAUCCUAUCCCUCCCGUGUCCUUCGUAGCUCUGUGAGGUCCCCAAUGGAGUGUGAGUUCUUAGAUUGGAAGGUCCUUAGCAUGAACAUGUACAGCAGAAAACAUGGCUUUGAUGAUUGGAUUGGUGUCUCUCUUUUCCCAAGCAUCCCCUGUGACGAAGCCAUUGCAUACGAGGUCCCAAGGAGAGGAAAAAGAAAAUGCAGCCAAAUUUGAGUUCCAAAUAUGCCUGCUUGCUUCAAAGGUGGGUGUUGAUCAAGCAAUGUUAUGCACCAGUAUAUGGUUGUCUAUCUGAAAAUUUUUGGAAUUUUUUAAAAGAAAUUUUAGAUGACCAACACUCUUUAUUUUUUGCCUUAGAUUUGAAAUGACAUUAGCUAACUCUCCUUUUGGUCCUCUAAUAUUCUCCCAAUUUUAAAAUCUGAAGACGAUACAUGCCACUAAUUAAAGUCUUGCUUACCAUGUAAUAGCUUAGAAUGGUAUUAUUGUAUAUUUAAUCAACAUCUUAGAUGGUCAAGAUUUACUCUUCUCAUUC